UGCCUCAACGACCCUCAGAUCUCUGUUUACUUGAAUCCAGCUCAAUUCAAUGUCUCUGCUAAGAAGCUUGCGCUUGUCUCAACACUUGAGACAGGGAAGUGCCUUUGCUCAUAUGCCAAAAAGGCCAUACAGUGCCUCCAACCCAUCCCCUGAUAAGCCUGUUAAGGCGACAGCUGACGCUGUUAAGGAUGAAACAACCUCUGAGAAGGCAAGCGACGAAAAGAAGGAUGAUGAAAAGAAGGAUGAAAAGAAGGACGAGAAAGAAGUGUCCAAGUUUGUAAUGCCAAAUUAUGUCGACGGUAGUUUCCACUGGUCCUACGAAAGAGCAGCUUCAGUAGCAUUGAUACCAUUGAUCAGUACCCAAGUCAUUUACGGAGCACAUCCAGUUCUGGAUGGCGUACUUGGGCUGGUUCUCCCUCUUCACCUUCACAUCGGCUUCGACGCAUGUAUCACAGAUUAUUUCCCUGCAAGAAAUUAUCCUCGAGCAAACAAAUACUUGGGAUGGGGAUUGAAAGCCACAUCAGCGGCUGUCAUCUGGGGCUGCUUUGAAUUCAAUACAAACGACGUUGGUAUAACUGAGCUGGUUCAAAGGACAUUGACCGCUUAGAGUUUUAGAGAGGAAAAAAUGGCCACUAUAAUAGAUCACACCGCACAUUGUACAUUAUUUUUUUUAUGAGCUUUCUUUUCAAACGAUCACUUGACGGAUCAACAUAAAUAAGAAAUCCACCUAAUCACCUUUAUUCAUGUCUCGACCGUCAGAUG